UCCAACAGUCAGACAGACAGUCAGUCAGUCAGACAGACAGGACCCCUGGAGCCCCCAGACAGCUGAGCUCCAUCCCGGGUCUGUGUGCGCGCUGGCCGGCGUCAGUCCCUGCUGCCGCGCGCAGGCAUGUCCUCGGAGCUGCAGCUGCUCUAACGUUUGGACUCGAGUCACUUCAGCCACUUUCUCCAGGCGUCAGCCAUGAAGACCAUUCUAGCAGCAUAUUCAGGGGUCCUCAAAGGCACUGGCUCCAGCAUCCUUUCUGCCUUGCAGGACCUGCCAGCAGCACUCUGGCCCUGCAGGUCCAAGAUGGAAAAACAUCUGCAGGUCAUCUCUGUGCUGCAGUGGGUCAUCACCUUCCUGGCUAUGGGUAUCGCCUGCACUGUGCUGCUGAUUUACAUGUUCUGCACCGACUGCUGGCUGAUCGCUGCUGUUUACACCGCCUGGCUCAUUGUUGACUGGAACACCCCCAAACAAGGAGGCAGGAGAUCGUCUUGGGUUAGAAACUGGACGGUGUGGACGUAUUUCAGGGAUUAUUUCCCUGUCAGGGCAUCUGCCCAGUGAACAGGAACUCCAUCGACUACCUGCUGUCGUGUAACGGAACAGGAAAUGCUGUGGUCAUUGUUGUCGGAGGAGCAGCGGAGUCUCUGCACUGUGCCCCCGGCAUGAAUUCUGUCACCUUGAAGAACCGGAAAGGCUUCGUUCGCCUGGCCCUGCAGAAAGGGUCCGACCUGGUUCCUGUGUAUUCGUUUGGGGAGAACGACGUCUACAAGCAGGUGAUCUUUGAGGAGGGGACCUGCUGGAGGACUCUGCAGAAGAGGCUGCAGAAGAUCUUGGGCUUUGCUCCGUGUCUUUUCUACGGCAGCUCCUUCUGCAUCCUGCCUUUCUCCAACCCCAUCACCACCAUAGUCGGGGAGCCAAUAACGGUGCCAAAAAUUGAGAACCCGACUGAGGCGAUGGUGGACCUGUACCAUGGGAUGUACCUCCGGUCCCUGCUGAGCCUUUUUGACAAGUACAAGACCCGCUUUGGUCUGAAAGAGAGUGACGUCCUGCACGUCCAGUGAGAGGACGAGCAGCUCCUGAAACCCCGAACUGUCCCGGUGGCUGGUUUGUCUCUGGACUGUGAAGCUGUUCACCUGCAGACUGUAGCUAAAGAUCCUCUGCUUCCAUUCAACACAAACAAAGCUCCCGCUCAGGACGUCUCCACAACAGUCCCGUCACUGCUGGACUCGCCUGGACAAAGUGACACCACCUCUUCUGUUGAAAUCUGUACCUUUACUUCCAUAAAGAGACAUAAUAUUUGAGCUGGGGUUAAACUCCACUUUAUGAAGCUACGUACAGAGCUUUUGAGCAACACUGCCUUUUACCUGUGCAGUCAUGCUGUAUGUUGGUCUGUGAUCUCUGUAUGACCCUACAAGCCAAGUGCACGAACAAUGCAAGUGGAAGGCACCACUGAACAUCAGCCCAAACGUUGAUUGAGCCAAAGACGUACCGUAUGUGCAUUGAUUUCUACUGGAUGUGCAUCCCAUGUGAAAGUUUUUUGCUGCCUGUGAUUGUAAGAAGCCAUAAAGUAUUAAUUGUGUUUUGCAGAAACGAUGAAGCCUGUUUCAGCUUCGGUCCCACUGUGAAUUUUUUCUUACGCACUUUUUGUAUUCCAGUCUGGAGACUGCGUCUUAAGAAAAGUGCCUUUUUGAUAACGUGCUCUGAACAAAAGUCAUUGUACUGCUUGGCUUAGUUUUUCCUUUUCUGGCAUCUGUGCAAUGACGACCUGAACUUUCUUGUACCUUGAGGCCUUUUUGAAGUAUUUUGAGCAGCAGGUUGUAAAGCUGAAGUGGUUUUGAGCCUGAUUUUUGAUUCCAGGCGAUGCUCUGUAAUCAUCCCUUGUGUGAGAUCGAUGAAAACGAAUGGGUUACUCUUGGCAAGUUAUUUGUAAUAAGUUAUUCAGUAUAAGCAGGUGUUUCUGGUCUUUUCCCGUUAUAAAGGCACAGAGUCUUUGUCUGGUAACCAUCAGACUGGGUAAGCUUUUGUCAAACUGGAAAGUGCAAUGAAGAAAAGUUUUUUUCUGGUCUCGACACUGACUUUUAAAGAGCAGUUUAAUCCUCGUGCAAUAAAUGGACCAAUCAACACCUUACAAUGAAAGCUAUCAUGUCUUGUAUUUAAAUUAAAUUUUUGUAAGUUUUCAGGA